AUGGCCACAAUUACUGUGAAUUUUUCUCUUAUUGGGGAGAGUGCAGGUUUGGAAAUGCAGUUUUCCGAGGGUAUUGCUGUUUUGAUACCUAUACUGCUAUUUUGUCUCAUUUCACUUACCGUUCUGGGCAACACUUUUGUCAUAGUGGCUUUUAUUGUAGACAAGAGACUCAGAAAUCAGAGUGACUUUGUGCUUCUGAAUUUGGCCAUUUGUGAUUUUUUAAUAGGGACAUUUACAUCUCCCAUGUAUGUACCAUAUUUCUUGACUGGAAAGUGGAUGUUUGGGAGAUUUUUAUGCAAACUGUGGCUAACUGUUGAUUAUACUGUUUGCACGGCAUCAUCAUUUAAUGUUGUUCUUAUUAGCUAUGACAGAUAUCUUUCUGUAACUAAAGCUGUUUUAUAUCAGUCGCUGCAAACCAAGCGUAGUCAUACUUUUGUGGGCAUCGUAUUGGUAUGGAUUUUAUCAUUUCUUCUAUAUGGACCUGCCAUUCUUUCCUGGAAAAUUGACAGCAGCGAUUCUGUAACCACGUGUGCUGUUGGAUUUAAAGAUAUUUGGUAUAUCAAUUUCGGAACAUCAUGCGUGGAUUUUGCGCUUCCCCUGAUUAGCAUUUUAUUCUUUAAUUUGAGCAUUUACUGCAAUAUAAAGAAACGAGACAGAAAGAAAAGGCAGAAAUCAAUUUUACAGAAUUUCAAAGGAAAGGAAAAUGAUGGAAAUGUUAAUAUCAUUGCAACAAAUAAUGUUCUGUUUUCUGCACAACUACAUACCGCAGGGAACCUUGGAACAAAGAAAAGAUUUGCCCUAUGUCUUAUGCAUUGCUUUUCCUAUAGGAAGCCAUCCUCCUUUAUCCACAGUGAUGCAACACUGCACCAUAGAAAUAUUUCUCAGGUUAAUCUUUCCCGGGAUGAAAAAAUUGCCAAAUCUCUUUCAAUCUUAGUUGGUGUCUUUGUCAUUUGCUGGGCUCCUUAUACAUUUCUUGCCAGUAUCCGUGCUGCUUGCAGUGGUUAUUGUGUUGCUUCUUACUGGUAUGACAUAACUAUGUGGAUGCUUUAUAUGAAUUCCGCCAUUAAUCCUAUUCUCUAUCCUCUGUGUCACAAACAUUAUAGAAAAGCUUUUUUUCUUAUUGUAAAAAAAAGCAAGAAUUUCUUCAAAAUAUAA